UGUUGAGUCUAUAUUAUUUAAAAUAUUUUUGGGUCAGUGAUAAAAAACUUUCAUAAUUUAAUAAGACCGUAAAGAGUGAAAAAUUGUGAAAAAUUAUUACAAAGUUCAAUCAAUCAAUAAACUUUUAAAAGGAUAAAAAUAUAUACAAAGUUGUGAAAAGAUAUAAACACUGAUUAAAACAAUGCUGCUAAAAAUGCAAGCCUUAGCACUGAUACUUACUUUAAUUCUAACAGUCAAUGGAAAAAUAGCAUUCGAGAAACUCACAGAUUAUGAUUUUACUGGAAAUACUUAUUACAGUGUGAAAAAUUUAUCCCUUUACGAAUGUCAAGGAUGGUGUAACCAAGAGCCAGAAUGUUUAGCUGCUGCAUUCAGUUUUGUUGUUAAUCCACUUUUACCAGAACAAGAAACAUUGUGCCAAUUACAAAAUGAGACGCAAGCUAUGAAUCCUUCAGCAAUUCCACAGCGUUCAAAUAGCAUGUACUACAUGGUAAAAUUGAAUAUCCGUUCUGAAAACAUUUGUAUGAGACCGUGGAGUUUUGAGAGAGUGCCUAAUAAAAUUAUUCGUGGAUUGGACAACGCUCUCAUCUAUACAAGUACUAAAGAAGCAUGUUUAUCUGCGUGUCUAAAUGAGAGAAAUUUUGUGUGUCGAUCAGUUGAAUACGAUUAUAACAACAUGAAAUGUAUUCUUAGUGAUGUUGAUCGUCGCACAACAGGCCAAUUUGUUCAACUUGUUGAUGCACAAGGCGUUGAUUAUUUCGAAAAUUUGUGUCUCAAAUCAAGCCAAGCAUGUAAAUACAGUCGCGUACUUCAAGCACCCAGAUUUGGUGUUUCUGAAGACAAAGUUGCUCAAUAUGUAGGACUUCAUUAUUAUACCGAUAAAGAACUUCAAGUCACUUCCGAAACAGCAUGCAAAUUGGCAUGUGAAAUCGAAAAAGAAUUCUUGUGUCGAAGUUUCCUUUAUUUGGGUCAACCCAGCGGCCAACAAUACAAUUGCAGAUUAUAUCAUUUGGAUCAUAAAUCUCUCCCCGAUGGCCCUUCAACUUAUUUGAAUGCUGAACGUCCGCUUAUUGAUGUUGGUGAACCAAUUGGAACAUAUAUGGAAAACUUCUGUGAAAAAACACCUACUUCAAGUGAAAACACAUUACCAAUCGUAUUCGAUGCCACUGAAGACCCAUCUGUGAAUAAUCUUACUAGAACUGAUGUCAAUUGUGAUAAAACCGGAACAUGUUAUGAUGUGUCAGUUCAUUGUAAAGACACUAGAAUAGCUGUGCAAGUUAGAACAAACAAACCGUUUAAUGGAAGAAUAUAUGCACUUGGUCGUUCUGAAACCUGUAACAUUGAUGUCAUCAAUUCCGAUACAUUCCGUUUAGAUCUUACAAUGGGAGGGCAAGAUUGCAAUACACAAGCUGUAACUGGAGUUUAUACCAACACAGUUGUUCUUCAACAUCACAAUAUUGUUAUGACAAAAGCUGACAAAAUUUAUAAAGUUAAAUGUACUUACGAUAUGAGUUCCAAAAACAUCACAUUCGGAAUGAUGCCAAUUCGCGAUCAAGAAAUGAUUCACAUUAAUUCAUCACCGGAAGCUCCACCGCCUCGUAUUCGUAUUCUGGAUGUUAGAGGUAGAGAAGUUGAAACCGUUAGGAUUGGAGAUCGUUUAACUUUCAAAAUUGAAAUUCCGGAAGACACACCUUAUGGAAUUUUUGCUCGAUCAUGCGUUGCUAUGGCGAAAGAUUCAAAAAGUACUUUCCAAAUCAUUGAUGAUGAUGGAUGUCCCGUCGAUCAGAGCAUCUUCCCUGGAUUCACUCCUGAAGGAAAUGCCUUGCAGUCAUUAUAUGAAGCUUUCCGAUUCACUGAAAGUUAUGGUGUUAUCUUCCAAUGUAAUGUAAAGUACUGUUUAGGACCAUGUGAACCUGCUGUCUGUGAUUGGGGACGUGAUUCUAUGGAGUCUUGGGGACGAAAACGUCGUUCAGUUAAUAACGAAACUGCUAGUAAUGAAGACGAUAUGAACAUUUCACAAGAAAUUCUUGUUCUUGACUUUGGUGAUGAAAGCAACCGAGACUUUUUGAAGAGCGAUCAAAGUGCUGACUUCGGUAGAGACAAAACCGUUACAAUCAUAGAGCCAUGUCCAACAAAAACUUCAGUCUUAGCUCUUGCUGUAACUUGCGCUCUCAUGGUGUUCAUUUAUUUAUGUUCGUUGUUUUGUUACUAUACAAAAAAGUGGAUGCACCCAUCAAAGAUGAUGCCGUAACAACGAUAAGUCAUAAAUUUUCGACUCUAUGUAUGGGAUUUUUCAACAAUUAAUGAAUAAUUUCAUUUUUCCGAAAACAAACUAUGCGAGUUUAUAAAAAAAUUAAGGAGAUAAGAACUGCCUAAUAUGAAUGUAAUCAAGCAUUUCUGAUUUACAUUUUUUUCAUCAUAUUUUUGCAACAUUUUCAUUUUUAGGAUAGAAUAUUUCUGUGUUUUUUAUGGGUGCACUUUCUAUGGAGUUUUUGAUUUGCAUAAAUUUCAAAAAAUAUUCCAUUACAUUUUUCUUAAUAAUGAUGCAUUUGAAAUACCAGACAAACUGCAAUAAAAUUAUUUUUGAAAUUGUUCAGCUCUCUUUUCUUUCUUUUAUGGAAAGGAAACAAAGGCCAAUCGUGAACUUACAUAGAGAUUGUAUGAAACAUAAGAUACCUUAUUAUUUAUUUUAAUAUUUAAAUUCUAUUUUGUAAUGUUAGGAACACGAAAAGAUUUUCUAAUAAAAUACAUUAAGGGCAAUAAAUCAA